GAAAAGCGGCCGUUUUGAAUGCUCCAGCCUCAAGGAUCACAUGAAGAUUUAACUGUCUUGAGCGCUAGUUAUUAUAAAUAUAAAUAAACGCUAAAUAUGGGCCUUCGGUGCUGCCGGCAAAGUUUAUCGUCUCGCUACUCCUAAUUCACAGGUAGGACUGACAUCACACAUGUGGCAUCCCAAAGGCAAGACUUAUCUGAGCAGGUGAUUCUGAUCAGCCAAAUAGAGACAGUGAGGAAGAAUGUGAGGUCUUGGAAACAUAUGAUCCUGGUCCAGCUGUAAAGAAGCAGAAAUGUCAUACAUUUGAAAAUGUGUGUUGCAAGAUAAUCAGGUGGACCACAAAAAUGAUGUCUCUUACAGUCGAAAGCUGACUGAAGUCCUUUGCAAUGUGAGAGGAUGGACAACAUAGAAAGCACUGUGUCUGAUUGUAAUGUUUCCAAUGGGUAUAUCAACAAAGUCUUCAGUGUGUCUCUGGACAUGGAGAGUGAAACAGGGAUUGUGCAAAUCCGCAAAUCUAAGGAUCUUAAGGAAUCAUUGGAUCUGGCAUCCUUUCAGGAUCCAAUCAGAGAGAAACAGGAACUGAACCGGGCAUCCAGAAACACAGGCAUCUGGAGGAUUCUCAACCACAGAAGAAUUGUAUCUGACUAUGAGAGACGACCUCACUCCAUGAUACUUCCAGGGGAAGCAUCUGCCUCCAAGCUGUCAUUUGCUGACAGAGUAAAGGGUCUAAAAAAGCUCAAGUCACCUUCUGUCUUCAGAGGCAAACCUGGGAAACUUGCCAGUGCAAAAUUCCAUAGUGCAUUUCAGGCUGAGACAAAUGAAAACAGCAGGAAUUCUCAUGCUUUGUUACACAACCAGAGAAACAUACUCAAGAAUAAAGGCAAGAGGCAUUCAUAUGCAGGUUACACUACUGAGUUUGAUUGCUCUUUUGAGGAUCUAGACUUUACUACUACAAUUGAGAAUGAUCAUCAGCUACCAAAGAACACAGUUCGGCUACACAACAGUUUUAAGUCUCAAACGUGCUCAAAGAAAGCUCACUUAAACAAUAACAAUACAGGUGUGACAGUCCAUGAAGAACAUGUGAAAAAUAACCCCAAGGUACCUCUAGCAGGAAGACGGUCAAAAGGAGGUGAUGUUUGGAAUUACUUGAAGAGAAUGUCCUUUAUCGGAAAGGGACGUUCCACUUUGUUGGAGAAGAGCUUUGACUCCAUGCACACACUGGACAAAACAAUUGACUCCGACUAUUGCUCUGUUGACAUUGAGUCCAGUAAAGAUUCCAUGCCUGUACCUAAACAGAUAGGUCCAGAUGUCAAAUGCAGCCACUUUCGGGGACUGUAUAGGUUCUUUAAUAGCAUGGCUGAGACUGCUCGAAAAUGGAGGAACUCAUCCAGGCCCUUUGCACCUUCUGAAGGUGAAUGUCCCAAUAUUGUCUCAGCAAGAACAGAGCAGAUUCAAGAAUUUCUUCACACUGAAACUAAUGCACUUCAGAGAGAAAAUGAAACUUUCACUAAGCCUGCCUUCACCCUCGACACAUGUGAGGUGAUCUCACCUGCUGAAGUUUUAAACAGGUCCCCACAUGUGGUGCCGAAAUCGUGGAAAGCAUGGUCAGACUUGAGCACUAAUGGAUUCUCCGUUGGGACAGAAUCACAACACACCUCCACUCACACCUCUCUGGCCACCAUUGAAAAUCACCAGAGAAUUGAUGGCCCAGAAAGAAGUUCUCUGUCUGAGCCUGAGCUUCAGUUUGACCAACAUGAACAAAGUGAAUCUGAGUCUUCUGGCAUCUCGGUUAAAACCAAAGAACAGGAAAAUGGUGUAAAAAGGGCUAUUUGCAGAAUUAUUCCAGACUGUCCAGAUGAAAUAUUUAAGGCCUUUUCUCACCCUCCUGGCAUGUCACCUCAAGACCCUCCUUUUAAAGGAGUCCUGCAGAGGUGCCAUUCAUUUCCUCUUCCACAGAAUGCCAUGUCUGGAUUACCGGUAGCCAGCUUGCUACCAGAACAAACAGGAUUCAUCUCUUCAGCAGCUAAGUCUGCGAGACAACCAGCCACUGUCCAGAGUAGUGGAAGUGCAAGUCAGAGGAAAUUGCUGAGACCUGGUUCUGGACCUCUGCAACUGAAUGUGCUGAUCAGCGGAGGUUCCAUCAUCAGUGCUGAGGCAGUAUGGGAUCAUGUGACCAUGGCUGACCGCGAGUUGGCAUUUAAGGCAGGAGACAUCAUUAAGGUCCUGGAUGCCUCCAACAAGGAUUGGUGGUGGGGGCAGGUCGAUGAUGAGGAGGGUUGGUUCCCAGCCAGCUUUGUGAGGCUGUGGGUCAACCAGGAAGAUCGAGCCAUAGAAGCAGCUGAGGGCAGCAGUGAGGUCCAGAAUGGACACCUGGAUGCAGGUAGUGACUGCCUCUGCCUGGGUCAGCCUCUCCAGAACAGAGACCAAAUGAGGGCCAACGUCAUCAACGAGAUCAUGAGCACAGAACGCCACUACAUCAAGCACCUGAAAGAUAUAUGUGAGGGUUACUUGAGGCAGUGCAGAAAGAGGAUUGACAUGUUCAAUGAUGACCAGGUAAAAGUCAUUUUUGGAAACAUUGAGGACAUCUAUAGAUUUCAGAUGGGAUUUGUUCGGGAUUUGGAAAAGCAGUAUAACAGAGAGGAACCCCAUCUGAGUGAAAUAGGUCCAUGCUUCCUGGAACAUCAAGAUGGGUUCUGGAUCUACUCUGAAUACUGCAACAACCAUCUGGAUGCAUGUAUGGAGCUAUCUAAGCUGAUGAAAGAUGGACGCUACCAGCAUUUCUUCGAAGCAUGCCGUCUCCUGCAGCAGAUGAUUGACAUCGCAAUCGAUGGCUUCCUGCUGACCCCAGUGCAGAAGAUCUGCAAGUACCCACUGCAGCUUGCUGAGCUGCUCAAAUACACAGCACAGGAGCACAGUGACUAUCGCUAUGUGGCUGCAGCAUUAGCCGUCAUGAGGAAUGUGACCCAGCAGAUCAAUGAGCGCAAGAGGAGACUGGAGAACAUUGACAAGAUUGCUCAGUGGCAGGCAUCUGUUUUGGACUGGGAGGGUAAUGACAUUUUGGAUAGAAGUUCUGAGCUGAUCUACACAGGUGAGCUGUCCUGGAUCUACCAACCAUAUGGGAGGAGUCAGCAUCGAGUCUUCUUCCUCUUUGACCACCAGCUGGUGUUGUGUAAAAAGGAUCUCAUUCGACGUGACAUCCUUUACUACAAAGGUCGCAUUAACAUGGACAGGUAUGAAGUGAAGGAUGCAAUCGAUGGACGGGAUGAUGACUUCAAUGUUAGCAUCAAGAAUGCAUUUAAACUGCACAACAAGGACACAGAGGAGAUCCACAUCUUCCUGGCCAAAAAACUGGAGGAAAAGAUUCGGUGGCUUAGGGCAUUUCAUGAAGAGCGGAAAAUGGUGCUGGAGGAUGAAAAAAUAGGCUUUGAAAUUUCUGACUAUCAGAAACAUCAGGCUGCCAUGACAGUGCGUAAGGUGACCAAACAGAAAGCUCUGAGUCCAAACAGGUAUGUGUCCCAUUCAACACCUUGCUCCCAGGAGCCCACAGCCAAUGGACAGUUUGCAUCCUCUGAAGCCUUGGCACAAUCCAACCUAUUUGAGAUUCAUCAACUUAGACAAGCUCAAUCACCAUUCUGGCAAACAUUUGGAAGGUUAGCAUUGUUGAAAAAAUAGCAGACACAUUGUAUUGGAUGGUCUCAUCUACUUUCACUGCACCAGAACUGUUUUAGAAUGAUGUCGGCAUUUUGGUCUUAAAAAACUGAUUGAUUCAUUAGCAGCACUAAAGACCCUGCCUGUUUUAUUGGUCACCUAUUAAUUAUCAAAUUUUGCAGAAUAUUGAGACAACAUUAAAGGAAUACA